AUGUCUACCAGCAACCCGUCAGAAACCGCCCAGGCCCAGGCAUCAGCAGAUGCCAGUGCGCCUUCUUUCUCCUCCAUCGGCAUCAAGAGGACGAGCAUCGAGACUGCCCCUGGCGUGAAUCUCUCAGAACAGCAGAAAGUCCUUCUGUUCGAGGGCAACCCAACUCUGAAGCACUUCAGCCUGUGGAACAAGGACGCCACAUUCACGGACAACAUCACCGUCGCAGUAGGCUAUCCCAAAUAUACAGCGCAGUUCUACGGCCUCCCAGCGCUAUUCAAGCCGAUCCAGUUACAGUCACACAGCGUCAAGUCUGCAGGCAAUCCCAUCGAGCUUGACAUGAGCAACAAGUACGUCGUCAAGGGCAUCAACCAGGAGAAGGUCAUGAACUCGGUCGUCAGGAUCCACGUCGGGUCGGACGGCAAGAUCGAGAAGGUCGAGGACCGGUGGAACGGCGAGCUGCCCUCCGGUGCUAUCAGCGAUGUGAGUAAUCUUCGGAACUGGACCCUCAGCCCGUUCGCCGCCGCGCGCUGGGCUUUCAGGACAGGCAGCGAUGUCGCCUGGUGGACUUUCUGCACGCUCAGCUGGUGGUCGCCUUUCCUGGCUUUCCGAAAGCUAAAUGCCGUGACCGUGCCAGCAUUUGUCAAGGUGCCUAAGAAUGAGGAAGAGGAUUUGAAGAUGAAAGCUGAGAGGGAGAAGGAGUAG